UGCUAAACUAAACAGAUGUAUCUUUUCUGCUCCCCAGUGAGUGUGUACACCUCCAUCUUUGGCGUCCUGCAGCUCCUGUGCCUCAUCACGUCUCCUGUCAUCGGUUACGUAAUGGACUGGAGACUCAAGGACUGUGAGGAUGAGAAUGACAAACUCACUAAGAGGGAGCCUGGAGAGCCCCGACGCCCGGACAAAAAGAUCCAGAAGAUUGUAAACGCCACAAGAGCCUUCAUCUUCACCAACCUGCUGCUGGUCGGGUUUGGGAUCACCUGCCUCGUCCCCAACCUACCCCUACAGAUUCUGUCAUUUAUUUUGCACACUAUUGUCAGAGGCUUCAUCCACUCCGCUGUUGGAGGACUUUAUGCUGCUGUGUACCCGUCCUCUCAGUUCGGCAGUUUGACCGGGAUGCAGUCCUUGAUCAGCGCUCUGUUUGCACUUCUCCAGCAGCCUCUGUUCUUGGCCAUGGUCGGGCCCCUGAAUGGUGACCCCCUCUGGGUGAACGUGGGCUUGCUAGCUGUGAGCAUGCUAGGCUUCUGUCUGCCCCUGUACCUGCUCUGCCACAGCCGCCACCUUCAACGCCUCAGGGAUGAACGCGAUGCGGACCCCAAAAUCUAUGUCAAGAUGAAUGGAGAAAAACCAGAAGCCUUUAUCUAGAUACACAGGAAACCAUGGGAACAUACAAGGCUUAAAACUGCAUGGAGAACCGCAUUGAAGACAGAAUUAUUAACAGGUGAAUUAAGAAAGGGGGAUUCGCUCUCCCUUUUCAAAACUAGACAAACUUGUACUGUCUGUCUUCAGUCACAUGUGUCAAAGUCCUACCAAUUCCCAACCGGUCCUCACCAAACCCUAGGUCCAAGCCAGGUUUUAGUUUCACUUUCUCAGAUAUUGACGCUACACUGUGACUCUCCAACUACAAUCCAAUGGAGGCUGCUUAAGGGACACUACAGACAGUCCAGAUCCCUCCUGUAACUGCGUCACCAUGGAGACAAAAAACACAAAGAAGAGAGACUGUUUUUUGUUUUUUCACUCCUGUUUUUUUUUAAUGUUUAAUUCUGUUACUGAUUCAGCACUGCCCAUUUAUUUUGUGGUAGAAACUAUGUCCACACUAUUGUCUAAAAUAAUCAUGUUUUGUGUGUCUUCAUGGUUUAUCCACAUUGAAGUUGUAGGAACUCAACUGUUACGCCAAACCUAGUUCAUUAAGAAAUGCUUGUUUGAAAAUGGCAGUUGUAGUAAACUUGUUAGUCCAGCAUGGAGUUUUAUGCUCUUUGUAGCAAAUUUAAAGCAUCUGUUAUUAGAUGUUGUUGGUUUCGCUUGCCAAAAACAGUGGUGGAACAAGUACUCAGUUAUGUUACUUAAGUGAAAGUACAGAUACUGGAGCAGAAAAAUAUUCAAGUAAAAGAAUCACAUGAAAAGUAAAAAUUAAAAGUAAAAAUGUUGUACCCAUUUAAGUACCCGUUACGAAGUAUUUCACUCAGAUUUUGAGAAGUUAUAAAUUAUUGAUAAAGAUUUGCAUUGAAUUUUGUAUUUUUUGCAUUUUUGAAUUUUGUUCAAUAGAAACAAUUCUAUCAAUUGUUUUUCAUAGAUGUUUUUAUUUGUAUAUUUUUGUUUGCUACUACAAACAUGUUAAAAAUAAACCCCUCAGACAUUUCAGUAAGUCUUUAACAAUAAUGAAAAACACUUUUACUUGUCAGUCCUGUUCAAAGUGUAGUGAAGUAGAAAGUAUAUAUAUAUAUUCUCUCAAAUGUAGUCAAGUAAAAGUAGAAAAUAUGCACUUUAAAAUCAACUUAAGUAAAGUGCAGAUGCCUAAAAAUUGUACUUAAGUGCAAUAGUUUACUACUUUUACUUCAUUAACUUCCACACUGGGUAGAACUAAUAGAAUUAAUUCAAAGUGCAGGGUUCUCUAUUCUUAAUAUUGGAUAGUAAAAAACAGGAUAUAAAAUAGAAAAUUGCAGUGUUUUGUUCACAAUUUCUCAAGUUGGAUCAUGGUUUGCAUGGGCUGUCCAAUGCAGACCUAUCAUCGUAAUAGCAAACUUAAAGCUCCUAAAAGUGGACACAUACGGUAGCUUCUAUCAGUGUCUCAGUUCAACUGUCUUACCUCAAAAAGCAUCACAAAAAUCAUCCAUGUUUAUAAUGACAUUAGUGUGGACAUAGUUUUGUAGAGGAUGGAGAUGCUGCCGCUAGUGUUCCAUAACAGUGUUUAUUGCACAGUUUUAACACAACUUUUAAUUCACACUGGCCUACAAAGCACACACAAUAGCCUAGCAUUUGUUUCUUUGUUUUUCGGGGCAUUUGAAAUUAGUAUUGAUCCAAUAUAACCUCAGAUUCACAAAUAGGACACUGCAGCUUUUAUCUGCCUGUGUGCGACAAAAAGUACAAUGCAUGAUACCAGACUAAAGCUAGCCAAAUGACAUAUGCUCGAACUUGUCAUGAAAUCUUUACCUUGUGUUUUUUAUCUUCUCAAAUGUUUCUUUUCCUUAGUUAGAGUAGGUUUAGUAGGUAGAUAGUUAUAUUGCGGGACUGCAGUUUACUCUAUAAAUUUGUUGUAGCAAUAAGUGUUUCUCUAUGACUAUGGUGCAACCUGAGUGACACGAUUUCCAAAGAUUUAUUUUUGUUGUGUCUAUAGCAUUGGUUUCUUUUUGGUUGUUAUUUCAAACCUACACAAUCACUUGGGAAACUUGAAAAUUCUGCUCAGAGGUCAAUGCUGGAAAAUAUGUAAUUAAACAUUAUUUUAAAGAUGCAAGUAACUUUUCCAAUUGAGAGUUUCCGUGGAGAUGUUAUUGCUUCAUUGCAUUGACAUAUCAGUUUGGCAGUUACACAUGUUUUUAUUGCUCAAAAUACCAUGAAAAACAUUGAUCCUUACUAGUGGGAUCACUACUCCACAGAUCUAACGUCUAACUUGGCCCGGUGAUGUCUCUAUUUGUCUCUACGGAUAUAGAAAAGUUCAAAAGUUACAUAGUGCAUCUUUAAUUUGUUGUCUACACCAAGUUUGGAUUUCCCCGUCUAUUAUAAGAAACGCAAUCCAAUGGCCCCUGUGUGCCUGACCUUAUACUUAGAAAUAUAUGGUACUCCAAGUUUCGCCAUUCUUCUCAUUCUGUACUAUUACUACCAAUACUUCUACUAUUACCACUAAUUCUACUGACCAUAUUUUUUCCAAUUUGCUUCCAUUUUGAUUUCAAUACUGAGAGACAGGCCUCUACCAGCCUUUAAGUUAGCAAGUUAGCUAGUUAGCAAGUUAACGAGAAACGAAUGGCACAAAAUGCACUUUAACCCACUGUUAAAUGGACCUCCGUCAUGUAUGUUUAUAUGGAGAACAUGACUGCUUAUUCAAGUGGUGCAUGAGGCUAAGAAUGUAUAUGUAAACCUAUAGUAGCUUCACUUUCUAUUGCAGAACAUGUGGAUCGGCAAAAAGCAGUUAUUUUUAUAUUGACAGAAGAUUCACAUGUUCACUGUAUGGCCUUUAUGUGUAGAUAAAACAGCAGAGGUUUGUCUCUCAGUAAAGAAAAGCAGUAGCAGAUAAAGGUAACAUUUAAUUAAAGAUACAAUGGGUUUGUGGAUGCAGUAAUUGAGUUUCAAUAUUAUCUCUGCCAAAGUAUUUGUCAAAUUUUGUUUUUAGUAUUUGACCGAACUAGUAAAUGUACUCAAGUCCCAAGUAAUUAUUUUAACAGUAACAAGUAAAUAGUUGUAUUGAAUAUAAAGUCAUAUAAGAACUACUAACACUACUAAUCUUGUUUGUAAAUUCCCUCUUAAAAUAUAGGGAAUUCUCAAUUGGGAAACUGGACUGGGAUAAUGAGUUUCAUAUGCAGGUGUUGGAAUUGCCAUUUAAGUCAAAUAUAUAAAGACAGUAUAAGAUAAGGGGAUCUUUAUUCAUCCCACAAUGAGGAAAACUCAGUGUUGCAACAAGAAGUACAAGUAUCAAGUGUGCAUCCUACUUAAGACCUUAAGGUGAUAAGAUAUUGUGAAUUUAAACAAAUCACAAACCUGUUGCCAUAUUAGAAACACAAUUACUGCAUCUGUUGUUGCUGUUGUUUCACCAUCAUCAAACUAGUUUUAAAGGGCCCAUAUUACGCUAUUUUCUAAUCUAUGUUAUAAUGUUGUUUCUUCAUCACAAACAUACCUGGAGUUGUGUUUUCUGUUAUUCACACAUGUUUAACACACACACCCUGCAUAUUUAGGCUGAGUUCUUCUCUCAAAU